GUCCCGGCCUGGUCUAUCGUCCUUUUCACAGUGCUACCUAGGUUUGCAAUAGAACACGUUCAGAUAUAUUCUCAACCGUCAGAGAUCGAUAUGGACAAAAUCCCCGCGUCCUGCUCUGUCCCUUAACAAACCGAGCAUCCUAUUGUUCUCUGCCAAAUCCUACAAAUUAUUAGCUCUACUACAAUGUAUUCUGAGGCUCUUUCCCCAUCAGCGAUUACUGCCAGGGCACGGAGCUAAUUCGUAUUAUUUGUGUUGAUUUUUUUUUCCACCCUUUGACACGCCACAGUCUCCUCCUGGCCAAACAAUCACACUCAUUACUUUUGCUGUCUGGAUGAGCGACUCAACUACUCCCGGCGACACACCCAAUGUCGCAUCCCGUACCCAUGCAUGCCAUGUCGAGAUCCUUUGGCCUCGCUUACCCGUCGCCAUCUCCACAUCCGUCUAGUCGACGGGGACCCCGCACGUCCACCUUCUCACCAGCACCCUCGUCGGCUCAGAGUACGCAGACAUCACAAUCUCCCAUCGGUGCCAGGCGCCAGGAGUUGGCUUCGCCCGGUUCAUACUCAAGCAGAAACUGGGUGCUCUCCGGGCGUGUGAAAAGAAGAGGAUCACCAUGGGCUGAUCGUUGUUUGAAUACUCUGGGUAAGUUGGAGCCCAGAGUCGAGUUGGAACACUUGAACAGCACGGAGGAUGAAAAGCGACUGUUUCCUGCUAGCAGGACAUGGGCGGAUGAUGAGCUGAGGCUCUUCGAGAUACUCUAUAUGAGAGGGUAUAGUCCUCUUCUUCCAAAAAAUUGGGAUAUGGACUUUCGAGGCAUUCCAAUGCCGGACAUACUGUUUGCAACCGCGGAAAUUCACCAACCCAUCAUCUCUUCCCGUUCAGGGAACAACUUCCGAGCCACUAGGGCCCUGAUCAGGCUUAUGGAACUUACAUCCAGCGUCCGUUCGCUCAUGCAGACCGGACAGAAGGAUAAAGCGCCUCCCUUGAUCCUCAGAGAGCUGGAGGAGUAUGCCAAGUGGGCUGCACAAGAUGGAGGUUAUGACAAUCUGGACAUCAUCCCGAACAUCGUAAUCGACAUCGUGGACACUACCAAGAGCAGUGUCGAGCUUGAACAGUAUAUGCAGCAUCGACUUGCCUCUCUGGCUGCCAGGCAUCGCAAAUACUGGCGCAUUGACUCGCCAGCCGACGAUGGAUUCGCCGAUCAUCGGCCAGCCGUGCCCGGGCGAUCCUCAACUUCUGAAGCCACGCCAUGGAAUCGACGUUUCCGGGACCCGGGGAGUGCGGUUACGAGGAACGAGUUGUCGACAGCCGAAGCACGGACUGCACUCGACAACGACUCUGAUGCACGGUCAGAUGCUGCAAGUGGUGAGCGUAUAGGUGAACCCGAAGUCGAAAUCAAAAUAGAAGAUGAUGAGCUUUUUGCUCGCCUUGAGCUUCGAUAUACUCAGCGGCCCCCGGUGUUGUACGGCAUGUUCAUCAUACACAGCACGGUCCUUGUCCUGUCCACCGACUCCGCCAAGGAGGACAAGGAUGCAACAGUCAGCUACCAGGUUGAGGUGGCUUUCAAUGUGAAGGAUCAGGGUGUCUGGAAUGCCAUCACUAUAGCUAUAGUCAUCUGCUUAGCAAGAGACAAUAUGGUCACUAUGGCGAAUGACUUUGUUCAGUUGGUGGGGAGCCCUCAGAGCGACCCCGACGCCUAAGCCGACUUGAGGUCGCUCUCUAUUCGGUUGUCGGCCAGGGUUGGUCAGUGAAGGAUAUGUCAACCCGUUGGAGUGUACUGGACAAUAUCAAGGCCUGUCUGUGUUGCAUGCCAUGGGAAACGCCAUAGUACGGACAUUCAGUGCAGGUUCAACCUUGGAAGGAUAUGGAUAUCGACUUGUUGCUCAUGAGUUCACGAUUUUCAAAAUGGCGGAUACCCAAUUGUUUGUAAAUAGUUGCUAGGUGGUCUUCUCUGUACACAAUCACUUUCGCUUCCUAUAACGAGCGACUUGAAUGCCCUCUCCAGGAGCCAUGAGUCUUGAUUACCGGG